GAGCGAGGCACUAAAUGCUUCUUAUUCAGUAAGGAGCUCAUUGAGGAGCCGGACCCUCCAGAGUCUCUGUCAGUGCGCACACUUCAGCCUCUGAUUCUCUGAAGAUAUAGGUCCACCUUCCGCUCACUGGCUUUUAUUUCCACAACAACCACUUUGGACUCCCCGGACUCUUUACAUCUACUUUUCUUUGACUUCUGUGGGCUGCACCGGGCUUUUCUCCCAGGCUCUGGUGUUUUCCUGGUGAUGACCUCACUGCUGUUUCCUGGCAACGCCCACGCUGCGAUGAAGGACCUCUCCUCUUCCUCCAAUCCUCUCAGCUCCCUGCUCCACUACCCGUCCUCCAAAACCUCUGUUGUGCCGUUCUCCCCAUCUGCCGGUGCUGCCACCUCGCCCGGGUCAACACUGUCGUCGGUGCCCCUCUCCAAACCACAGCCCUUCUGCCUCCAGACGGGGCCGCACCUCCUCGCCAGCAUGCAGCUGCAGAAGCUCAACUCGCACUACCAGAACCUCGCCGGAGCUUCUGCCGGACACCCAGCACCCGGUGGCGCUCAAAGGGGCUUCAGUGCCUCGCCUCUGAGCACGGGAAACCAGCUUCUCGGGCCGGCUGGAGGCCUCGGUGGAGGGGGGCUGGGCGUCGGCAUCAGCAUGGGGAACCAAAGCUCCGGCGCAGGUGGAAUAAUCGACUUUGACCCCGUGGACGAGGAGGUUCUCAUGUCACUGGUGGUAGAGCUCGGUUUGGACCGAGCCAACGAGCUGCCCGAGCUCUGGCUGGGUCAGAACGAGUUUGACUUCAUGUCAGACGUGCCGGCCGGGUGCUGACCUGUGAGAAAAGAAACCACUGAGAUCCGUAGGCAGCAGCGGAAUUGAUUGACAAAGAGAGCAACAACUUUCUCUCCUCUGUUUUGUUGUUCUCUUUCCUUCCUUUCUUGGUUGACAAAAUGAGGAAACGAAGGGGCGCUGAGCGAUUAAAAAGAAAGACACUAGAGGCAUUCUCUUGUUUCUAUUUUGCGUUCAUACUCAUGCAGACAGACUGAUAAAAGCAAAAAAAGACAGCUUGCUGUCCAACUUGUUUUGUUAAUGCGGAAAGAGAGCAAACUGUUUUUUGCUACAUACAAUCAGUGCAUUUAUCUUUUCUUGGAUGAAACUGGUGGUUGAAACCAACCUGACGGGAUUAAGAAGUCUUUGGUUUUCACUCAUCACACUCAGAUUUUUUCUCCAUUUCAUUUAAAGAAAACAAAAACAGAGCAGAAACGAGGACUCUUUCUGCC